GGAGUACGGAAGUAGUGCGGCAGACGUGGCGGCGCUCGGUUUGUGCUGCUGACAGCCGUGGGGUGUAAUGAAGAGACCGACCGGCCUGCCCCCGGCGGGCUCGGGCCGCCCAUUGCCUCUAUAAGCGGAAUGCUGAGGCCGGUUUGGCAACACUUUAAGCGGCUGUUCUACCUGAUGGGCCACAGGCCCAAGCUACUGUGCGGGGCAAUAGCGCUGAGCUGCGCCCUUAUCGUGGCCCUCAGGUUCACCUGCAGCCGUGCCAAAGAUGUUGUCAUGCCAGCCAGACCACCAGAGCGGUUUUUCCCCACCGGAUCCCCGGUGGUGGACCUUUUCCGAGGCCAGCUGGAUUACGCAGAACACAUUCGCCAAGACUCUGAGAUAACGUUGUUCUUCCUGUAUGCGCCCUGGUGCGGUCAGUCCAUCGCGGCCAGGUCUGAAAUCGAGCAAGUGGCUAACCAACUCUCAGACCAGGUACUCUUUGUGGCUGUCAACUGCUGGUGGCACCAGGGCAAAUGCAGGAAGCAAAAGAAUUUCUUCUAUUAUCCUGUGAUUAACUUAUACCAUAAAAGCUUUGGCCCAAUUGAAUACAAAGGUCCAGUGAAAUCGGAAUACAUUGAGAAGUUUGUUCGAAGAGUGAUGAGUCCACUUGAAUACAUUCCAUCUCUGCCAAGACUUCAAGAUUUCCUAUCAAACUAUGAGCCUGGCGUUCUAGGAUACUUUGAGUUCAAUGCCUCCCCUCAACCCCCGGGAUACCUGACAUUCUUCGUCUCUGCCCUCCAUUCUUUACAGAAAGAUUAUGUGGAAACUGUUCGCUUUGGAGUGAUCACUGAUGGCAAACUUGCAAAACAGAUCUCACUCACCACCCCUGGAAGUGUGUACUUGCACAGAAACCUAAACUUCUCUUUAAUCUAUCCAGACAAAGAGCUAAACUUCACGGCUGCGAAUAUUUGCAAGUGGGCUCUAGAUAACCGAGAAACUCUGCUGCGCUGGCUUCGACCUCAUGGGGGCAAAAGCCUUCUCCUGGACGGUGCGCUGAAGAAAGGACCAGCUCUUCUCUUGUUCAUGCCUUUUAACCCGUUAGCUGAAAAACACCCCAUCCUUGAUGAGAUCACUGAUGUCGCCCUUAAGUACAACACGUGCACCAGAAGCCUAUCCAUUAAUGAUGGAAUUCGGAAUCGGAACCAUCUGGAACCAUUUAUGUCUUCAUCAGACUCAAAUAUAGCAGAAACCUAUAGAACGUUUUCCUGCUGCAAUACUGUGGUUCUUCCUCAGGGGCACGAAAUCUCUGGGGUCCGUAACGUUUGUGACUUGUGUAUCAGUCGGGCAACUUCUGUCCGGCCAAGCAACUUAAGGCUUCCUCGAUGCAGCUUCACAGAGAUCGAAGCCGCUUUAGAUUCCUUCUACCUCAAAGAACAUAUAUUUAUGCACUUUGUGUCGGCUGCCAAAGAGUGCAGCGAUUUCUCGAGUUUUUAUAGUCCCUUCAACCACUAUUCUGCUUGUUGUCAAACCAUAGACCGAGGAACUUACUCUUCCAAGUCAAACACUGAGAACUUUUCACUUACUUCCCAUUGGAAGAGCUACGACGAGGAUUCUUCCGUUAUCGUGCCUCAUAUUGAGGAGGAGAAGAUAUCUGUUCCCCACAGCUAUCGUAUCGGCAGUGAUAGUAUUACCGGCCUCAGGUGUAGGACCAAUAAAACUUUACAUUUUUAUCUCCUGGACGCCAACUUGUCUUGGCUGUAUGCGCAGAGGCUGGGGGCUUCGGGGUCAGGCCACGGAAGGACGUUUGCUGCUAUUGUUGAUAUGAAGGAAGAAACCCAUUAUGUUUUAGACCAGCGUCAACCGCUCGUGAAAUCCACACUAGAGGCUUUUAUACAGAAUUUCAGCCAAGUUUACAGCCCCUUACAAAGGCAUCUCGUGAGCAAAGCUACUCCAUCAGAGCCUGCAAUUAUUACUGAAGUCACAUCCAGUACAUUUAAGCAGAUUGUGUUGGAAACAAAAAAGGAUGUUCUUUUGCUAUAUUACACAACCUGGUGUGGCUUUUGUUCAUCUUUGAAUCACAUUUUCCUUCGUCUCACUCAACUUCUGGCUACAGACAGUCUCAUUGUCGCCAGGAUUAACAUCGCCCAUAAUGAUCUUCCGUGGGAGUUUAUGGUUGAUCGUGUUCCAACAAUUUUGUUUUAUCCUCAGCGCAGGAAAGACUACAGUGUAAAAUUUCCAGAUCAUCAACAAAUAACGCUUCAAAACCUCUUGAAAUUCAUCUUAAAAUACACCAAACUGCCUUCUUCUACAGCAGUCGACCCACCUGCGUCCUGCCCCAAAGAGUAUCUGCGAUACAAAGAAGAUCAUGUUUCCUAUUUGGAAAGAGAGAUCCUCAGGCUUCGGGCUGAGAUUGAGCUUCUACAUAAGGCCCAGCAUGAGCUGGCUGGUCACUUUACAGAGACUAGAAAGGAUACGCAUGACCUGAAAGUGCAGAAACUGAGGCUGGAACAUCACAACAAAGCCCUGGAGGUACACAAAGAGCAAUUACAAGCACUGUAUGAACAGAAAGCAAGGGAGGUGGGAACCAUGGCCGAUAAAAUGAAGGAGUUGGCAGCUGCUUCCGAAACCCUUCUGGCAGAGAACGCUCUGCUGAAACUUCUUAUGGCAUCAUUGGAGUCAAAAAGCAAACCGGAGGCAGAAAAGGAAAAGAUCGAUAACCCUGAGGAUGGAGAGAAGCCCAUUUUGGAUCAUUCAGAAAUAUUUGAAGGAGCAUCUGAUAACUCAAUCACUGAAGAACUGGAUCCAACGAAUGAAAGUAGAACAGAUUAAUUUUUAAUGACAUUUGCAAAAUUUAUACAGAUUUUUUACAAAUUCUGUAAAUAAAGAGCUUUCUAAUGUAUAAAGGAAAUCA